AUGGUGGAUUCUGGAGCAGAAGCCAACAUCAUGACCAAGACGGCAGCAGCAAGGUUGGGGCUAAGUUAUGGGCCAAGCAACACCCGCCUGAAGAUGGUCAACUCACCAUUGACUCCCGUGUGCAGAGUCACUCAUGGAGUGGACAUUACGUUGGGCAAGUGGCAAGGUAAGACAAGCUUCACUGUCGCCCCCUUAGAUAUCUUUGAUAUCAUCCUUGGACAGGAGUUCUUCCAACGGUACCACACGAUGAUCGAUCCUUACCUCCAACAACUCUUGGUGAUGGGGCGAAAGGGACCCUGCAUGGUACCUCUAGUCAAGAUGCCAAAGAAGGAAGGACAAGCCUACCUGUCGGCCAUGCAGCUUGUGAAGGGCCUAAAGAAGGGGGAUCCGACAUUCGUAGCCACCAUUGCGAGCUUGGAUGAAGGCAAUGGUUCUAAGGAGACACUGCCACUUUGCAUAGAGAAGGUGCUUGAAGAAAACAAAGACGUGAUGCCCAAAGAGUUACCAAGACACCUACCUCCAAGGUGCGAGGUAGACCACAAGAUCGAGCUGGAGCCAGGAGCAAGGUCGCCCGCAUACCCACCAUACCGCAUGGCUCCACCCAAGUUAGAGGAGCUGAGGAAGCAGUUGAAGGAGCUCCUCGAGGCCGGUCAUAUCCGUCCAUCCAAGGCACCUUAUGGCGCACCGAUACUUGGACAGGCCAAGUACUUUACCAAGGUGGAUUUAAGGAAGGGCUACUACCAGGUCUUGCGCGAGAAUGAGCUUUUCAUCAAGUGGGAGAAGUGCGAGUUCGCCCAACCUGAAGUGCACUUCUUGGGACAUGUUAUCAACCAGGGAGAGCUACGGAUGGACGAAGCAAAAGUUCGGGCCAUCAAAGAGUGGAAGGCACCCACAAAGGUAACCAAACUUAGAUCUUUUCUUGGACUUGCUAACUAUUACCGCAGGUUCAUUAGCGCCUACUCCGCCAAAUCCGCUCCACUUACUGAGCUAUUGAAGAAGAAUAAGCCAUGGGUUUGGAGCGAGGAGUGCAAGGGGACCUUUGAAGACCUCAAGGCUGCCGUGACAGAGGAGCCGGUCUUAGCGUUGCCUGACUUCUCCAAGACAUUUGAAGUGCAUACGGAUGCCUCUGACUAUGCCAUUGGAUGA